AUGCCGGUUCGCAAGGGGCUGCUCGCGCCCCAGAACACAUUCCUCGAUACCAUCGCCACACGCUUCGAUGGAACACAUAGUAACUUCGUCCUGGGCAAUGCACAAGUCCCAUCCUACCCCAUCGUGUACUGCUCGGACGGCUUCUGCGAACUGACCGGCUGGGCGCGUGCGCAUAUCAUGCAGAAAGGCUGUGCAUGCAAGUUUCUCCAUGGACCGGACACGCAUGAGGACCACCGCCGUGACAUUGACGCGGCACUUGACUCCAAACAUGAACUUAAACUUGAACUUAUUUUUUACAAGAAAAAUGGAACGCCAUUUUGGUGCCUGCUCGAUAUCGUCCCAAUUAAAAAUGAGAAACGAGAGGUGGUAUUAUUUCUCGCGUCUUUUAAGGAUAUUACAAACACAAAGAUGGCCGCCAUGAACACUAAUGAAGACUUUGACAGCGGAGCCGCGGUGCGGCCGUCGGCUGGCGUGGUAACUCUAGCGUUGUCCCCAUUUGUACCCGCAGCGGCACUCUUGGGCGCCCGGUUCCGAGCUGAAUCUAGUUGCCUCCUUCCAGACUCCAAUGGCAAUCUUGACCCCGAAGCGCCAUCACCCGCUAACAUGGGCAGGCGGCGCUCCAGGGCCGUCCUAUACCAGCUUUCAGGGCAUUACAAACCGGACAAAAUGAAGACAAAACUAAAACUCAACAAUGUCAGUAAGAAUUUGCUACACUCGUCGGAUCCGCCGCUUCCCGAGUACAAAACAUCGGCGAUAAAAAAGUCAAAAUUUAUUAUCUCGCAUUACGGCGUUUUUAAAACCUUCUGGGAUUGGUUAAUCCUAAUAGCGACGUUUUAUGUGGCUGUUGUGGUGCCCUAUAAUGCCAGUUUCGUUGACGAGGGCCAUCCGAGAAUAAGUGUAACCAGUGAUGUUAUUGUAGAAGCACUCUUUAUUAUUGAUAUUGUCCUCAACUUUCGUACGACGUUCGUAAGCAAGAAAGGGGAGGUGGUGUCGGAUUCCAAGGCGAUAUCUCUUAAUUACAUCCGAUCAUGGUUUGUGGUCGAUCUCCUGGCUGCCCUCCCUUUUGACCUACUUUACGCAUCAGAUGUGUACAGUGGUACGGAAUCAACACACGGAAACGUCCAUCUCGUCAAAUUGACGCGAUUGUUACGACUGGCUCGGCUCUUGCAAAAGAUGGACCGUUAUUCUCAGUAUUCAGCACUGAUACUCACACUCCUAAUGUUAUCUUUCACUUUAGUAGCACAUUGGCUAGCUUGUAUCUGGUUUAUUAUAGCAGAAAAGGAGAUAGAGCACCAUAAAAACGAAAGUUGGGACUUGGGAUGGAUCAAUAAUUUAGCAGAGAGGCUGAAAAUCCCGAUAGUCAAUAUAUCGCACAGUGAAAGCUAUGUUACGGCGCUGUACUUCACGUGUUCGUCACUAACGAGUGUGGGCUUUGGAAACGUGUCCGCAAACACGCUGCCGGAGAAAAUUUUCAGCAUUUUAGUGAUGCUUGUCGGAGCCCUGAUGCAUGCAGUGGUGUUCGGUAAUGUGACCGCCAUCAUACAAAGGAUGUAUUCCCGCCGUUCGAUGUACCAAUGCAAGUGGCGAGACCUCAAGGACUUUCUCACUAUCAAUCAGGUUCCUAAGGAACUCAAACAGAGGAUGCAAGACUACUUUCAGACGAUGUGGUCUCUUAACCAUGGCAUUGAUAUACAUGAGACCCUCAAAGAAUUCCCGGAAGAAUUACGCGGCGAUGUUUCUCUUCAUUUACAUAGAGAAAUUCUGUCGCUUCCCAUAUUCGAGUCCGCAUCUCAAGGCUGUCUGAAACUCCUAUCUCUGCACAUACGGAACAAUUUCUGCGCACCCGGUGAAUAUCUGGUGCACAAAGGAGAUGCUUUGACAUACAUCUACUACAUUUGUAACGGCUCAAUGGAGGUGAUGCAGAAUGAUAUGGUUGUUGCGAUACUGGGCAAGGGCGAUUUGGUCGGCUGUGACAUGAAUACCCACCUACAAGCCUACAAUGGGACCGGUACAGGACAGUCCAAUAACCCUGAUGUCGUUGUCAAAUCAAGUAGUGACGUGAAGGCGCUCACAUACUGCGAUCUUAAAUGCAUUAACAUGAUUGGGCUCGCUGAAGUGUUGAGAUUAUAUCCUGAAUAUCAGCAGGAGUUUAUUCACGAUAUACAACAUGACUUGACGUAUAAUUUACGCGAGGGUUACGAAGCUGAGCAAGAGUCAGAUGGAAAUGGGCAUCCUUCUCUGACGUUGCCUUCGAUAUCAGAGGACGACGAGAACGCUGCUGAGGAUCAAGCGCUAUCGCCUAAGAAGAGUUUGGUCCCAAGCAGUAAUAGUCCACGACACGCCAGAUUCAGAUCGGAUGGACAAGCGAGAUUGACUCACAGGGAACUACGCGAACGAAUAGAGAGACAACGAUCCGUAGCAACACCAAAAAUUACAAGAGCCGAUUCGUUGGAAGGUUUAAAUUUAGAAAUACGUUCGUCCGUUGAGAGACUCGACACGCAGGUGUCCAGUUUACACCAUGACGUUGCUGCAUUGAGCAUGGAGGUUCGCAACGCAAUUCAUGCUUUGCAAGAGAUGACGGGGCCAGUAUGGCACGCAGCGCAUUCCAACCCCAAUCUGCAAUGGAAUGCACCACCCAAUCAACUAGCUCGGAGUUGCAGUCACCCACCUGAUGUUUUUUGUUGGGAUCAGCAAGAACGGCCUACAACACCGGAGCGUCCAAAAAUAAAUAGAUGUACACAAACAGAUCCGCUCCUAAAUUGCGUUACCCAGUAUAUAAUGGAGCACCCGGCCACGGUAAUGCUUCUAUUGGGCUUGGACCCGAUGGCAAACUUAACACCAGUUUUGGCGCCAAAUGUCGAAUAUUACGACAGCCGCCAUCGCAGGCCAAGUGGCUUGGAGCAAAUCGCAGAGUCCGAUAAUGGCAGCCAGUCUCCGUCCAGCCCGAGCAGUGAGAAAGCCGAGACCAGCCCUAGUAGCGUAAAGUGCGUCAGUGUGGUAGAAACGAAAAGAAACCCAGACAAAGAUUCCAAGAGCUUAAGACGAAAUAGAUAUUCAGCGAGUGAUAUUUGCGAGGCGUCCGAGCGGCUGCUACCAGCCAAGUCGUCCAAUCAAAGCACAUACAGCCUCAAAAGCAACGCUAACAGUUAA